AUGGCAAGCACACAUAAUCUCAAAAGACAGUCGCUCUUUGACCUCUCCGGCAAAGUGGCCCUUGUCACCGGCGGUGGCUCCGGAAUUGGCCUCAUGGCCGCACAAACCCUGGCCGCCAAUGGCGCAAAGGUCUACAUCUGCGGCCGCACCAAAGAAAAGCUCGACAAGGCCGCAUCAACCCACGGCGAAGGCGCUCCCGGUGAAAUCAUCCCCAUCCGAGCAGACGUCAACUCCAAGGACGGCAUCAAAGUCCUCUUUGAAGAAAUCCAGUCACGAGAAAAGUGUCUCUGCAUCCUCGUCAACAACGCCGGCGUCAGUGGCGAGAAGCACACCACCGCAGAAGCGAAUUCCGCAGAGGAGCUGAAACAGUCACUCUUUGACAGCGAUUCGUCGACGUUUGAUGACUGGCUUGAAACGUAUAGGACUAAUGUCACGGCAAUGUACUUUACCACUGCUGCUUUUCUGCCGCUGUUGCAGAAGUCGACUGAGACUCAUACUGGGUGGUCAUCUACCGUUAUCAACAUCACUUCCAUCUCCGGCUUAAUCAAGACCAGUCAACACCACUUCAGCUACAAUGCAUCAAAAGGAGCGGCUGAACACUUGACGCGCAUGAUGGCUGCGGAAUUUGCUGCCGCUGGGCUCAAGAUUCGCGUUAAUAGCAUUGCGCCGGGGGUUUUCCCUAGUGAGAUGACGACUGGAGAGAGCGACGAGAGACAAAAGAGCCAGCUGGAUAGUGAGAGGUUUGAAAGCAUGAUUCCUGCUAGGCGGCCGGGAAAGGAUGAGGACAUGGCGCAGGCGGUGCUAUUUCUGGCUGGGAAUCAGUUCGUCAAUGGGCAGAGAGUGGUGGUUGACGGAGGGCAUACGCUCGCCGAUGGAAUGUAG